AACCAAAGAGCGGACAGGCAAUGAGAAAGCAGACGCUACAUUCUCAAUAUUUUAAGCAUGCACUUGAUAAUUUACUUGGUUGUUUUUGCAAUAUUCCACUCAACAUGUAGCACCUAGUUGUGGUACAUUCUCAAACAAAUUUGGAUCAUAUUCAUCACAAAUCUCUUUUUUUCAUCUUGCAUCUUCCCUACAACUCUACACAUUAAAGUGAACUUGAUUAACCUAUAAUCAAAGAGGCAUCGUUUUUUUAGGUAGUAUAGUAUUGAAAACUUAAGAGACGACUCGUAGCAAGUUGUGUUGUGAUGUUGCGUGCAACAGGAACAAAUCUCCAUGAGAAUGAAGUGGCUCCUAACCCAGUCGAAUUACAAAUUAGCAUCUCCAAAGUCUAAACUAAUGGUUGCAGUCACUUUUGGUGGUUUGCAAUUGGGAGCUAUCAGAAGCUCGGAAAAAGGAUGCUUUGGAUCAAGCUAGGGUUCGUUGGGAGGAACCUCCUGCCAAGUUACUUGCUGAACAAAGAGGCUUAUAUUCUAGCAUUGAAGCAGACUUCCAAGUAUCUCUUGGAAGAGAAGAAUUAUAGUCAGUUGGAGGCAUUACAUGCUGAAAUUGAGUCACAGAUGCGUUCUGGUACAGCCAAGGUUGUUGCGUAUUGGGAGGCUGUUCUUAGACGCCUCCAUGUAUUGAAGGCCAAGGCCUGUUUGAAAGAAAUCCAUGCUAAAAUGUUGCACAAGCGUCUGCAACACCUUGAGGGGCGAGAGGAUGGUGAAGAGAAAUUGGAUAUGCCCGAUGAUUUACAACCUGAAGAGGAGAGUGAGCCUGAUGCUAAUGGUGCUGAAACAUAUACAUCAGAACCCGUAGAGGAGAUCCACAUGGCUGAAGAGGCCGGUUCAUUUUCACAAGAACUAUUACAUGGAGAUGAAAAUGAGGACGUGAAUGACCCUGAAGAGAAUACGGCUAUACUGGAACACAAGCGUACAGCUUUAUUAGAACAACAACAACCACGAAUUCAAGAAGCUAUGGCAUCAAAGCCAGCUCCACCACCAGAAGAUUAGUUUGAGAUGAAGGUUGCCAUGAGGGCUAUACUGGAACACAAGCGUAUGGCUGUAUCAGAAGAACAACAAACACGAAUUUAAGAAGCUAUGGCAUCAAAGCCAGCUCCACCACCAGAAGAUAAGUUUGAGAUGAAGGCUGCCAUGAAAGCCAUGGGUGCCAUCCAAGGAGAAGAGCAAUAAGUAUUACUGCAGCUUAUCAUGUAUAGAUUUUUUGCAUGAGAAACUCGGCGGAUGAGACAUUACUUCAAAAAUCCCUCUUCUUUUUGCAACAAUAGCCACCCAAUUUCAGCCAUCAAAGCCUAAUUCAUGGAGGCAGUCAUCUUGAACUCAAAUCCAAUAUUUCUAAUAGAUUUGUACUUUUGAACCACAUGUACGAACCAACCAAGUUACUGUACGUCUAUAUUUACUAAGCAACCAAGUUCCCAGUCACUCUACUGUUCAACUUUCACUUUAUGCAUAUCAUUUUGAACACAA